AUGGCGCCAAAGGGAGAGAAGAAGCCAGCUGAGAAGAAACCCGUGGAAGAGAAGAAGUCCACCAUAGCAGAGAAGAGUCCUGCCGAAAAGAAGCCCAAGGCCGGAAAGAAGCUACCCAAGGACGGUGGUGCCGCUGCCGGAGACAAGAAGAAGAAGAGAAACAAGAAGAGCGUGGAGACAUACAAGAUCUACAUCUUCAAAGUUCUGAAGCAGGUUCAUCCUGACAUUGGUAUCUCAAGCAAGGCCAUGGGUAUCAUGAACAGUUUCAUCAACGACAUCUUCGAGAAACUUGCUGCAGAAUCUUCAAGACUUGCAAGAUACAACAAGAAGCCAACAAUCACUUCAAGGGAAAUUCAGACUGCAGUUAGACUUGUUCUACCUGGAGAAUUGGCUAAGCAUGCUGUCUCUGAAGGAACAAAAGCCGUGACCAAGUUUACCAGUGCUUAA